AUGACCUAUAUAUCAAGGACAAUGUUGUGGCAGCGAUAUCUUGGUACAAGGAUAAGCAGUACUAUAUUACCUGUGGCAGUAAGACGAAUACAUUAUGGAGGUGGAAGACUGCAGGAUCCACGGUAUGUUUUUUCUAAACCCCCCACAAAUGAUCCAAACCAAUCCAAAGAGGGUCGUGAUGGGAAGCAUUUCUUUACUCCAUCAGUCAACGAUGGGACCGAAAACAGUACAUUGCAUAACAAUAGUCGGCUCAGUGAGUCUGAAAUGUCAUCAAUCGCCAAUGCUAUUGCUGAACAGAAAAGAAAAAGACUGAAGAGAAGCAUUAUUACCAUAUUUUCCGCAUUUGUUACAGCAGUACUUGGUUAUACUAUUGGUUAUAAAGUUUGGUACCUGAAAGAGCAAAGUUUUAUACCGUUAUAUCCCUGCUCAAGGGUGAGGAAAUUGAGUACAAGAGAUUUAAGACGAGUCAGUGUUAAAAAGAUUGAGGACAUUUCAGAAGUGCGGGUAUUAGAGAGAUUAUCCCAGCAUAAAAUGAUUCAGGAGGAGUAUGGUGUCCCACUGAGAGACAGUAAUGGCAAAGCACCACACGUGAGUGAUUUUUCUGUGUGGUGUGAAGACCAAGAUCCUUGUGUCACUGGCUUAGUAUUUGAGCCCGACAGCAAUAGACAGAGCUCACAUUCGUGGUACCGAAUUCCCUAUGUAUUUAAAUGGCGUAUCACUCACAGACCGAUAAGCAUCUCAAGUUUUAUUGACGAUGUAUUAAACUGGAUCAAUGUAUCCACUUCUGAUUUGUUUGAGGUUAUAUCCCCGGAGAAAGUUUACGGGUCAUUCAAAUAUGAGUAUCCUAUUCAAGGCGACAACCAUUCAUUACACAUUUGUUUCCUCGGAGAAAUGAAACUGGAUGAAAACACAACAGUUAUAUACAAAGGCAAAUAUCAUGUGGACGUUAAGUUGGAGAGAAUAGAUUUACUUCGUACUGAGAAUAAGAAACUAGUUCGCUAUAUUUUAUUUAAAGAGGAAGACGAAAAGUAA